UAAACAAAUAACAAAACCUCAAAAUAAUUUAAAAUUAACUAGAUUAAAUUUCUUUUCAAAUAACUAGUUGAUUAAAUACUUUGUGAAAAUGUUUUAUUGUUAAGAAAAUAAUUAUGCCGGCAUUUCAUGAAUCGUCUGCUGAGCAAAUUCAGGCUCAGACAGUUAUAAUAAUCCAUCCAGGAUCCCAAAAUGUUAGGAUAGGUCGAGCAUCUGAUUUAAAUCCAGUAACAAUUUUGCAUGCAAUUGCAAGGAAACGUCUUCCUAAUGGAAUCGCUCAUCAAGAUGCAUUUCUACCGGCGUUGGUACCAAAGACAAAAGAAUUAACCCAAGCGAUGGAAGAAUCAAGACUCCAAGUGUCGCAUACUCUGCAAUCUUGCUUACAAUCAGACGGCCGUAGAAGAUACGCAACACCUCCGCAGCAAAUAGCGGCUUUCAACAGAAGAUCUAAUCCCGAAAUAGUUUCAUCAAUUAACGGAGAGUGGAUUAAAACCGAUAAAGAUGUAAUUAUCGGGGAAGAAAUAUUGAAUUUAAACCCAGAAGACAAUUAUAAUAUCCAUAUUCCGUACCGUCGUGGUGAGCUGAACAUCCAUUCAGGCCCCGGUGGAAGCCUCACUGCAGUACUAGCAGAUUUAAAAACAAUUUGGGAGUAUGUUAUUACCGAGAAAUUGAAAAUUCCAAUCCAAGAUUUGAAACACUAUCGAGCAGUUCUUGUUGUACCUGAUAUAUAUAAUAGGCAAUAUUUAAAAGAAUUGACAACUUUGCUGUUAAUUGAUAUGAAUUUUGGUGGUUGCUUUUUAUUACAGGAUCACGUAGCGGCUACUUUUGGAGCGGGUUUAGGAUACGCUUGUGUGGUUGAUGUAGGUCAUGAAAAAACCUCUGUUUCUUGUGUGGAAGAUGGAAUUUCUCAUAGGAAUACUCGCGUACGAAUAGAUUAUGGAGGUGGUGAUAUAACACAGACUUUUUUCUGGCUGCUACAAAAGUCUGCGUUUCCUUAUCAGGCUUGUCAGCCUUUUAAUAAAUUGGACGCUGUACUACUAGGAGAUCUCAAGAAAGAUUUUUGUCACGUUGAUUUAAAUAUCUGUGGCUCUCAAGAAAAGUCAUUUUAUGUUAAAAAACCUAAAUCACCAGUCGAAAAAUACACACUCCAGGUCGGUGAUGAGUGUUUGAUAGCACCACUGAGUCUUUUUCAACCUGAACUUUUUAAAAUAACUGGAGUACAUAAUGUACAUAUUCAAAAACGGUACAUAGGAGACCCCGAAGAUCCUCACGAUGAAAAUUAUUUACGUGAAACUAGUAGAAGAGGUAUCAAAGAAAACUUGGAACAAACUUUAGAAUUACCAGAAGAAGUAGCUGCUCCUGUGGCUGCUGCUGAUGAAGAAGUAGUUGUGGAUGCUGUCGAUGCAGCACCAAUGGCCUUAGCAAAUCGUGAUCUUGACGCUCCUCGUGACUUUGUCGUUGGUCCUCAACAAAUUUUAGGUCUCGACCAUGCAAUUGUACAGAGUAUAGAUCGCUGUCCUACGGAAGAAUUAAAACGCAAAAUGUACAGUUGCAUUUUGAUAGUUGGAUCUGGAAUGAAAUUUCAGGGAAUCGGUAUGUGGCUUCAUAAUAGAAUAUCGCUGCAAAUUCCCUUUAUGUACAGAGCUGAACAACUGGAUAUUAUAACGCAACCAAAAGAAAUGGAUUCAGGAAUGACCACGUGGAAAGGUGCUGCAAUUUUAAGUUGCCUAGAAUCAGCUCAAGAACUCUGGAUCGUCCGUUCAGAAUGGGAAGUAAUGGGAGUUCGUGUUCUACGCGAAAGAGCUCCAUUUAUGUGGCCAGUACUCGGUACUGCGGCUUCUUAUUCUCCUAAAGAAUAACGAAGCACAGUUUUUUUCCACCUGUCAAUCGGUCAUCAGUUAUUAAAAAAAAAAAAAAAUAAAAUAAAGUUGAGAAUAAACUCAAAAAUACGUGAG